AGUAUUAAAACCUUCCUUGGGUCACUCCUGUCUUGGCUCAGCUGAUCACAUCACACGUAAUUGACUCAUACAUACACGCACUCUCAAAACACAGUAGACACUUCAUCAUCGCAAUAUCAUUAAAAAGCAGUUAACUUAUAAAAGACUUUACUAAUCCUUGUGGACAGUCAUGAAUCGUCUGUUUGGUCGUGGUAAGCCCACAGAGCCACCCCCAAACCUACAAGAUUGUAUUGGAAAUGUGGACAGUAGAGCAGAGUCUGUUGACAAGAAGAUUGCCAGGUUGGAUGCUGAGCUUGUGAAGUAUAAGGAUCAGAUGAAAAAGAUGAGAGAAGGUCCUGCAAAAAAUGCGGUGAAACAGAAAGCAUUGCGUGUCUUAAAACAGAAGAAAAUGUACGAACAGCAGUCAUCUAACUUGAGAAACCAGAGCUUCAACAUGGAACAAGCUAACUAUGCCACUCAAACCCUCAAGGAUACUAAAACAACUGUUACUGCCAUGAAGCUUGGAGUUAAAGAAAUGAAAAAGGAAUUUAAGAAAAUUGACAUUGAUGAAAUUGAGGAUAUUCAGGAUGACAUGUCUGACAUGUUGGAGCAGGCAGAUGAAGUUCAGGAGGCACUAGGUCGCAGCUACGGCAUGCCUGAAAUUGACGAAGAUGAUCUGGCGGCUGAACUGGAUGCCCUUGGUGAUGAGGUGAUGUUCGAUGAGGACACAUCCUACCUAGAUGAUGCUAUCAAUAUUCCCAAUGCACCAGAAAAAGAACCAGGAGCAGAAACUGUGAAAGAUGGCAUGCCAGUGGAUGAAUUUGGCCUUCCACAGAUGACAACUUAGUAAUCAGGAAAUAACUCUCAAGAAAUGAGUAGAGAAUGCCGGCACCUUUUGUAUGAUAAAAUGGGUCACCAUAUAAUCCAUGAUUGGUAAUGGGUUAGUAAUUAUUUUAUUUCUUGUAAGACUUACAGGAUAUACAGAGAAAAAUUCACUAUGAUUCAGAAUUACUGAGAGUGUAAUUCAUGGUCAUUAUCUGCUCUCUUAACUUUAAAAAGUGAAACAAAAACAUGAUUUUUAAAUUCAUGACCACUAUGCACAAUUAAUAUACGUAUGGAAGACUUGUGAAGCUUGUGUGUCGGCUAGAAGUGGCAGUAUUAAUUGUAGCCUGUGGAACCGGUGUCAGUCAUUUAGCAGUCCCCUGUCAUCUUCGACUCUUCAUAACCUGAAAAUUUAAGUGUGUAAUUUCUGUAAUUAUAUAAUAUUUAGCCGAGUAAGUUGAUUACAGAUGGAGUUACUCAACAGAAAUAGCCUUUUAGCAUUGUAUUUUAUCAAUUGAAAAAAUUUCAAGGCUAGAAAAAAUAAUACACAAUUACAGUAAGUCCUCGCUUAACGUCGGGGUUACGUUCCUGAAAAUGCGACGUUAUACGAAACAAUGUUAAGCGAAUCAAUUUUCCCCAUAAGAAAUAGAUAAAAUAUGGGAGUUACGUU